AUGGCGCCUACGGCCGCCACGGAGGCUCGCGAGUCAUUUUCAGAUGCGUGUGUCAAGAUUUCGAGUUCGAGGAAGGCUGGGCUGCGAGCCUCCCAAGCAGCCAAGGGAACGGCAGAUCGCACUGUAGCCAGGAAAGAUCGCAGGCAGCGGAGCGUUUUCGCUGAGCGGGAGGCACGUGUAAAGAGAGAGAACGUCAGGCCAUCGACUCGUGUAGAACUCAGAACGCUCGAGCGCAGGCGAAGAGCCAAGUCAGCCAGGCAGGAAUCUGUGUAG